GCUCCAUCCAAACACCAACUGCUUCUCCACUCUUCUCCUUGGUACUCCCUUUCUUCCUGAAACUUCAGAGAUGGCGAGUUCUCGGCUCUCCAGGUUCGUCAUGGAGGUUGCUCCACCUCAGUUCGUUAGUGUCAUGAGGUACAGGUCGAGGAAGAUGAUGGAUACCAUAAGCGAGGAGGACAGAGACGUUGGCAACAGUGAUUCCCAUUCAAGUUCUUCCUCUUGCAUCUCUGCUGCUGCUACCGCUGCAUCCUCUUCUGCUGCUGUAGCUGUUGCUUCGGCCAACUCUAAGUAUUUCCUCAAGGGUGUGCGGAGUUCCUUUUCCAUCUUUGAGAACUAAUUUAACUUGAUUUUGAUGCGUCUGUACUAGGCACU